GUAAGGGAGGGAGAGAGGAGAGGGUGUCCCGUCUGCACGGAGAACAGACAGACAGCAGGGAACAGCUGCAGCAUUAGGUUAGCGUAGGAUUUCACUGCAUUGCGAUUUAAAAUAUCAAUCAUUUCAUCCCCAAAACUCAAGUAGAGCAGCUUGACUAAGCAACCAAACAUCAUUUAAACAUGGUUGAUCGCGAGCAGCUGGUGCAGAAAGCCAGGCUGGCUGAACAGGCUGAGAGAUAUGAUGAUAUGGCAGCUGCAAUGAAAUCGGUAACAGAGCUGAACGAGGCCCUGUCCAACGAGGAGAGGAACCUCUUGUCUGUCGCCUACAAGAAUGUGGUCGGGGCCCGUCGCUCUUCCUGGAGGGUGAUCUCCAGCAUAGAGCAGAAGACCUCGGCCGAUGGUAAUGAGAAGAAGAUUGAGAUGGUGAGGGCCUACAGGGAGAAGAUCGAAAAAGAGCUGGAGGCCGUGUGCCAGGAUGUGCUCAACCUUCUGGACAACUUCCUCAUCAAGAACUGCAGCGAGACGCAGCAUGAGAGCAAGGUGUUCUACCUGAAGAUGAAGGGCGACUACUACAGGUACCUGGCCGAGGUGGCCACGGGGGAGAAGAGGGCCACCGUUGUUGAGUCGUCGGAGAAGGCCUACAACGAGGCUCAUGAGAUCAGCAAAGAGCACAUGCAGCCCACCCACCCCAUCCGCCUGGGCUUAGCUCUCAACUACUCAGUGUUUUACUACGAGAUCCAGAACGCCCCGGAGCAGGCCUGCCACCUGGCCAAGACCGCCUUCGAUGACGCCAUCGCCGAGCUUGACACCCUCAACGAGGACUCCUACAAAGACUCCACUCUCAUCAUGCAGCUGCUCCGAGACAACUUGACACUGUGGACAAGUGACCAGCAGGAUGACGAGGGCGGUGAGGGCAACAAUUAAAGAGAAACCACACUUCGACAAAAAAUAUAUAUGAAGGGCCGGUGGACUUUGGCAGCCGCUUUUGCCAAUGAAACUACCGCAGCAGCAGUUCUUUAUUUUUCCAUGUGUUAAAAGAAAAGAAUCAAAAGAGAGGUGAGAGUGGAGGUUAAAUCUUAGUUUAAAUAUAUAUAGAAAUAUAUAUACAGUUGAAAGGGGCCACCGUCUUCUUGGUUUUCUCUUUGACAUUUGCCAAAACCACUGAUAUGUCAGUCAAUCAGCCUGAAGUGGUUGUUGUUGGAUUGAAAUGGCAGCCUCACACUGGCAUAAGAACUGAUCUUGUUCUGUCGAGACAAGCUGCUUAGGUUUUUGCGUGAUAGAGAUGAGUCACUUGAGAGAGAAAAUGCUUGAAUGGGAGUGCCUCACAAUACUAGUUUGCAAUGGUUCCAGUAGUACGUCUAAUUUUGAGAAAGGGCCAUAAAAGCUAUUGAUGUUCACACCCACACACACUACAGGAAAACAGGACUAAAUAAAUCCCCCUAAAUUUGAAUUAUUUAAUUAGAUGGACGUGAAAAUUAGAAUUUAAUAGUAAAUAUUGAUUCCCUUAUUUUGAGUGCAGAUCAGUCACUGGAACCACAGAUUAUUUUGGAGGUAAGGUUACAAAAGGCAGAGACUUAACAAUAUUAAAAAAUGAAGACAAAAAAACAAUUAAAAGCAGCUUCAGAGUUUGUGGUUUACUUAUGUGUUUGUUUUAUUAAAUGCACUUGCCUACUAUACUGUUUCUUCAGUGUAACAUGAUGACAACAAUAAUAUGGAUUAUUCAAUAUUGUGCAUGCUGGUGAUGUAUUUAUAUACAGUAGCUUGACUUUAUUAACUUAUACUGUGGGUGUUAAGUAUUCAUAUGAUUGAGAAAAACAGGCUUUGUAUGAUGUUGAUUUUUAAUUUAUUUCGUUUUGUUAUGGUUUUUUGAUUUGCUAUACCAAAAUGGUGAUCGUAAAAAUUGACCUGUAAUGGGUGUUGCUAUAGUGACAUGCAAAAUGUGUAUUUAAUUUGUUACUGAAAGAAAAAAAUAGGAAGAUAAAAUCUCACCAUUGAUGACUUAAUCUUACCAACUGGUGUUUGUCACAUUGAAGUAUGACUAUGAUAUAUUUUGUUCUUUGAACAGUAAUUAAGUACAUUUUUCUGUCAUGCUAUCCAGUUUUGAUGAUGGUGAAGUUUUCAGGCUCAAUGUUUCUGUUUUGAGUUCACGAACAUGGACCAUAUUUUAGUUCUGCCAGUAUCCAUUUUGGUUUGUCCGUUUGUUUUUAUACCUUUUAGCUGUUCCUGAGUGACAAAAUAUCUUGAAUGUGAGUCAUUAUGUAGCAGUUGCACAAGAACCGAAAUAAUAGCUAUGAUAAUAAAAAAAAAUAUGAUUAAAUUAUACAUGCACCAUAUCCGUGGUGGUCUAGUGUAUUGUUGUAUUGUCACCCAGAGGAAAAUGUUUUAACUAUUUGUUUUGUGCCCUGAGUACAGGAUGUGCUUUCUUUUUGUGCCUGAUUCAUUAUUUAAUAUGCCUCAUUUGCAAGUUCACAAAAAGAAAAAAAUAUCUAUAUGCCAGUAAGCAUGUUUGCAAGAUGUAAGAUUUGUCUCCCUCAUACAUGUGUCCGACGGUACUGCUCUAUGUACAGUACAUAGAUACAUGAAUAUUAAAACACAAAUGCACAAAAAGAGUCACAGGGAAAGCAUAAGCAAUUCAAUAGAAUUGGUUAAUGAUUAGCAAAUGUUAUAAUUAAUGUAUAAAGAAGCUGCUCAAGAGCACCGAAAGCUGCUGAACAGAUUUAUCUUCAUAAUGCUGCUACUUCUAUAGAUUACUACAUUAAUAUAUUCAUACAGAUGGCAGUUUCGGGGACUUUAUUUUUGCGAAUAGAUAGCAGUUUUAUCAGACUUAUAUUUUUAAUCUGAGGUGUGUUGGCUUAGGAAAGAAACCAAAAGUCUUAAGGUCCGUCACACAACCUCGUUCAUGUAUGCCAAUUAUGUCACCACCAUGAGUCAGCACCCAUGAGCUCAUACUGUAUGUCACAGCUGCUUUGAUUUAUUUUUAACAUAGUAUAAAGUUGAUGUUCUCCAAGGCUCCCAACACAAAUAGCAUUAAAACCAGAUGCAACACACAGCCUAUGAUUAUUGUAAUGGAGUCAAUUCAUUCAUUCAAAUGUUCAACAAAAAUGAAAUCAUAAUGUUUCUAAUUUCUUUGUUGGAAUAUUUGUGAAAAACCAUGCAGGAACCUAUCACUCAUUGCCAAGAAUACAUCUAUUGUGUUCCUUUUGAAUUAGUUAGAUUUUUUCCCCCCUGUGGUUUGUGUUUUAUUUUGAAGGUAUCAUUAUUAUUUUGAAUGUUAUUCCUUUUUUUUUCUGCUUUGACACGAAAAAUGCAAAAAUGAAAAAGAAAACAAUUGAAUCACAAAUAUGAUUAUAGAGUAGCCGAUCUGCUGGAUACUAGGAACGAGGGUGUAGGGAUAGAAACUGUAUGCUCUGAGGACUUUUUGGUUGCCAUCUGUUGCCCAUUAAAGUUAUUUGU